UAAGCCCAGUACAUUUCUCGGCUGUAGUCUGUGGUAACUACAUAGGCGUAUGUCGUCUCCGCCAUUGCUGUUGUGAAACAUAAUAGUAUUCAGCUAUAAUCAGUGACACCAGUCUACACUGCGGCACGAUGUCUUCUGGACGCUUCCUCAGCUUGGGCAGAAAUCCCGUGAAACAGAUGCAAGAAUUUCUCGAAGAUGACAGCAGCAGCUUCGUCGUUAUCACUGAAGAAGGAGAAACGAGUGACCCUCCCAGCAUCAACGAUCCACAUACUCAUCCUAUACCACUGUCACGCAUCCAGUUGCAGUACAUGAAGAGCAAGCCAGCGGUGGAACAAAUUGUGUCCCACAAAUUGAAUGAUAAAGGCUUCAGAUGCAGGUUUGACUUCGACGCAUCUACUGUUACCAUAGAGACAAGUGGAUCAAAGGAUGAAGAUCAGGCUCUACAAAUGAUCAAGGACAGCAUCGUGGAGAUGGACUUCUCCACCAAAGAGAUCCCACUGAUGAAGGAGGGUGGAGUUGAAGCCUUACCGACAGACGGGCCAGGGGAUACAGAAGUUCUCGUUGUCAGAAUGGGUUCUGUUGUGAAGGUGGUUGCUUUGGCUGAUGCUGCCAUAUCGUUGGGUCACAGUCUGCAACGUUCUCGGGAAAUGUUACAAUCCACCCCACUAGCCGAAGACAAUGGAAGCGAAACUAUUCUGAUGUCUGAAGAUUGUGCCAACUAUCUCACCCAGUACAAAUGGACAGAGAUUGAAGCGUUGAUAAACAGGUUCCCUGGUGUUGGGUUGACAAGAGCUGGUAAUGCACUGGAGGUUAAAGGGCCACGGAAUUAUCUCUCGGAGGCAGUGAAGGUUGUCAACGAUGAAGUUGGAUGUGUCACCAGCUUCCCCAUAACUCUCGGCCCUGGAAUAAGCAUCCUGGCUGUGGCAGAUGUAUCACAACGAGUUGGCGAGAAGCACCAAUGUAUCAUAACUCCUCAGCAACAAAUUGGCUUCAUGGAACAAACGCAAUCCCUAACCCUAGGGGAGUCCCUUCGGAUGAGUUUGCCAUCAGCCCCAAGGAAAACAAAGGUCAAAGUAGUCAUGAAUGCACUCGAAAAACAAAAGGCUGAUGUUAUUGUCAAUACAACCAACGAUAAGUUAAUCCUGGGUAAAGGACGAGGCGUUUCUUGGUGCCUCCUCCAGGCUGCUGGGGAAAGCAUCCAGAAACAGCUGACGAAAGACCAUCCCAAAGGCAUCGGCAAUGGUGAAGUUGCAGAGACGGGACCGGGGAACAUUAAGACCUGUAAGGCCAUCUACCACGGAGCUCUGCCAAAUUUUCCUCAGUCACCAAGUCCGAACUAUCAACAGGAGGAGGACGAGUGUUUCAAAUGGAUGGUGUCCUUGGUGUUCAACUGUCUUAUCAAGGCAUCCGAGAAAGGUUAUAAGACAAUUGCCUUCCCUGCUCUCGGUACUGGGGCACUUGAGUAUCCGGUCCAGCACGUUGUCCAGUUGAUGUAUAAGGCAAUAAAGCUCUUCAACGACGACAAGAGAUCUGGAGCCAUCAGAGAGAUCUUCAUAGUGAUCUACCCAGAAACGAAACUCUCAGUCAAACAGUUGUUCUUGGCACACCGUCUUACCUACAAGCUGAAGACAAAACAUCUUGCAACAGUGGAACAGUUUCACGAAGAGAAGAAGUUGAAACAUCAACUCAAGUGCGAGAUUCGUGUCCGCGUAGGAAACACUCUCCUACAGGUUGUACAGGGAAGUGUCAGUGAAGCAAGUGAAGUCACAGAGGCUGUCCUCGUUCUGUGGAAUGACAGGGAAAUAGAAAAUGUAUCUACCAAUCCAGCACUUACCUGCACAAACGUUGAGAAGACUGACUGGCAGUGUGCAGCCUACGUGUCUGAACUUAGCGAGACACGAUGUUCCCAUGACAGCACCAGCUUGCCGUUUGCGACGCUGUUACAUUCCUACUGCCCAGACAACCAAACCAGCACCGUCACCGACGCCAUCGCAGAAGCUAUAAGAAACGCUGCCCAAAUACACUCCAACACCAUUACCAUCCCAAUAGCUCCUUCGAGUGAAAUUGCUAAACGGCCAAAUAACGCUGCCCAAAUGGUGUUUAAUGGCGUGAAGAAUUCAGAUGACUCUGUUUUCGUGGUGACCGUCAUCAUACCUGACGUGCAUGUGUUCCAACCAUUCAGCAACAAAAUCGCACAACUGGCUCAGAAAGAGAUGCAGGUUCCGGCGAACAUUGACAAGUCGCCUGUUGCAGUUGAUCUAUGGGAGAAGACAUACGCCGAAAUAGCGUCCCAGACACAGACUGGCAGACUGGCCAAGAUGGUCGUCACAAUCGCCGAGUCGAAGUACCUCGUUACGUCAGACUCAGAGGACAAAAACAAAAUGGCGGCCGAGGAUUUCAAGAAGGAGCUGAUCAAGGACCUGCCACGGAACACCAGUCACAGUUACAUCCGGCUGGGACUUGGGUACAGUGAUACGCUCAAUAGGCUGUACAGCCCGACCGCCAUUGCUGUAGCAGCGACAAUCACAGUAACAGUCUUAUGCUGUUGUCGCAGUGACACCAUGUCUUUGGGUCGCUACAUAGACGUGAGUCUGAACCCGAUACAGGAAGUUCGGUCCUUCUUCUCUGAAGCUGCUGAAGCUGAGGUGGUGGGAGCCAACAGCAGAUUUCUUUUCAUACAUGACGCGAAAGAAAACCCUCCACUUGAAGCACACACCUACCCUAUCCCGCUCUCUCCAGCCCAGAUACACUAUCUACAAGACAAAACUACAACACAACAAAACAUCAAACGGGCUUUAAAGGAUAAAAAUCUACGCUGCGAGUUUCAUUUUGAUAAAUCCACGGUCACCAUCACUACACGGGGAAGGAAGACGGAAAAAUAUGCUCUUCAGAUUAUCAAAGAGAGUAUAUCGGAAACGGAUAUCUCCUCAGAUGAAAUCAAUAACAUGGACGAUUGCAUGGAAACGCCUGCUGAAGAAGGGUCAAGAGAGGGAGACGGACAUGUCCUUGCUGUCAAAUAUGGCACGACGGUGAAAGUUGUUGGACCACCUGGCAUCAUACGACGUUUGAAUCAAUGCUUACAACGGGCCAGGCAGGGACAGGAGGCAGGAUCUACAGAAUCAGCCGCGACUGAAAAUAAAGAAGAAUGCAUUCCAAUGUCACAGGACUGCAUGAACUAUCUUUCCCAGUAUAAAUGGGCCCAGUUUGAUGAGCUGACGAAACGUCUCACUGGUUUACGCUUGAUAAAACACAGAAGUGAAAUAAGGGUUAGAGGACCUCCGAAGGAGACUGACGAAGCUGUGGGCAUCAUUAAAGGUGAAGUUGAGCGUGUCACUAGCUUCACCAUAACUCUAGGCCCUGACAUAGGCAUUCUUGCGGUCGGGAAUGUCUCGAAACGUGUAGGUGAAAAGUAUAAAUGUAUCAUAUCUGCCCAGGAACAUUUCGGGCACAUGCAGUCUAUCCCAUCACGGACGCUGGAUUCACUCAGUCUAAGUAUAUCAGAACAAAAGGCAAGGAAGGUUAGCGUCGUUAUGAAUGCUCUCGAAAAGCAACAGGCUGAUGUUAUUGUCAACACCACGAACACAGAGUUGCACCUAGACACAGGGCUCGGAGUGUCAAUGUGUAUUUCUAAGGCAGCAGGAAGCACCAUCACUGAUGAGCUGAAGCGAGAUUACCCUAACGGCAUACAGCAUGGCGAAGUGGCCCAGUCUGGGCCCGGCAACAUCACAACCUGUAAGGCUAUUUAUCAUGGCGCCCUGCCUCCCUUCCCACCGAAAGACUGUCCAGACUAUGAGCAGAAAGAAGAAGAGUGUUUUAAGUGGAUGGUAUCCCUGGUAUUCAACUGUCUCAUCAAGGCAUCCGAGCAGCGACAUACCUCCAUUGCCUUCCCUGCUCUUGGAACCGGACUCCUGAAUUACCCAGUCCAACACGUCGUCCAGCUGAUGUAUAAAGCUAUAAGACUCUUCAACGAGGACAAAGGAACUGGGUCCAUUAGUGAGAUCAUCAUCGUGAUCUAUCCAGAGACUAAGCUCUCAGUCAAACAGCUGUUUCUAGCUCACCGCCAUACAUACAAGUUGACGACAAAGCAUCUCACAAGCAUUCAAGAGUUUCACGAAGAGAUGAAAAAGGAUCACAAGCGAAAGUGUGAGGUUCGAGUCCACGUGGGUAACACACUAUUGCAGGUUGUGAAUGCCAACGUUCAUGAUGCCAGAGACGUCACCGAGGUAGUUCUUGUUCCAUGGAAUGAUAAGGAAAUUGAGAAUCCUAAAGACAAUCCCAGUCUUAUGAGCCUGUUUCCGGACGUGAUGGAAUGGCAAGGAGACGCUUAUGUGUCUGAGCUUAACGAGACCAUGUGUGCCCUGGACAGCACCAGUCUCACAAAUAUGACGCUGGUACACUCAUACAUCAGGGAGAACCAAGUAGACGUGGCUAGUGAGGCUAUUGCACAGGGAAUAAGGAGCGCUACUGACAAACUGAGGUGCUACACCGUCACCAUACCAAUCGUUCCUUCAGCCAUGAUGGGGAAAAAACCAAAUGCUGCUGCUCGAUUGGUUCACGCCGGGGUGAAGAAGGCAAGCGACUGUGUUCACGUUGUCACAGUCAUCAUUCCUGAUGUCCACACAUUUUCACAAUUUGCCACCAAACUAGCAGAGCUAUGCAAGGGCGAGUUACAAGUUCGUGCAGACAUCGACAGGUCGCCAGUUGCAGAUGACCUAUGGAAGGGAACCUAUGCAGAAAAGGCCCACCAGUCCCAGGUUAGCCGUCUCUCAACGAGAGUUGUGACGAUUGACCAGUUUCAAUACACCAUCACUUCCGACUCUGAUGACACCAACCGGAAUGCUGCCGAGGAAUUUAAGAUGGAGCUUACCAAAGAUAUACCUUCUCACAGUUACAUUAAGUUCAAUUGAGAAGUUAUCUCUCCAAGACACAGAGGAGAAAAGUGUGGCUUUCAAACUCGUGCGACAAGUCCUUGUCAACGUGAUUUUAUUUCAGUAUUGCAGAAAUGUAACAAUAUUAUGUUGCAUUUACAUUUAUUCCUGAUAAUGAAUAGUUUCCGUGUGAAACAAUAUGCUACCACUCUAAACUGGCGAGCAGAAGAAAGUAUAACGAGCAUUAUUAUUUUAUGUCUUAAUUGAAAAAUGAAUGACACUUGUUAAGUCAAAUGUGAAUGACACUAUGUCUAUUUAACCAUCACUCACUCCGACCGCGGGCGGUGGGGUAGCCUAGUGGUUAAAGCGUUUUCGAUUCCCCACAUGGGUACAAUGUGUGAAGCCCAUUUCUGGUGUCCCCUGCCGUGAUAUUGCUGGAAUAUUGCUAAACGCGGCGUAAAACCAUACUCACUCACUCACUCCGGCCGCAGUUUGUUAAAGGGAAACUGUGUGUUGGGUAGUUAUGAUUGUAUAAAAAUAUGUUGUUCAGAGAAUACGGGGGUAAAUAUGAACUUACAAUGAUUGAAAUGUAAAUUUGUGAAGAAAAAAGGUUGCUGGUUUUUUUCAGAAAGGUUGUCUGGGAUACCCAUCGGCAGUUUUGUUUUAUGCGAAGGCACUCUCUUCAAUUCUUAAAUGUUUCAAACCAAAUUAUUUUUUCCAUGAAAUAUUCUUUGCUUGCUGAGUAAACGAUAUUACAGAUUUUUCGGAUAUAUAGUACACGCAUCUAUAUUCCUUCGUUUAGGUGUAUAUGUAUUGCAAUUCUGGGACUAUAGUCAAUCAACCAGCACGUGUCAACAAGAAACUGAACAAAGCAAAAGGCAUACCCCGGGGAACCCAUCGUCUUGCUUCAGACGUCAUGUUUACACCAUGUUUGUGUUGA